AAACUGUCCCUUUAAUUUCGAACGUCCUUCUCUCUAUCCACAGCACAAUUCUCCUCGCUCUCCAACCCCCACCCCCCACCCCCUCUUUCUCUCUCUAGGAUUUUGGUACAGUGUGAACGAAAUCGGGUUAGAGGGAUCCGCCUUCUGCAGCAGCUUUUAACAGCGGAAGAUUUUUGAGAAACUAGUGAGAACGAAACUAGGCUAUGGAUCCCUCUGAAAAGGACGGAGAUGGCGUCACCGGAGCGGCUGAGUCCUUACCCCCACCUCCACCAGUCGCCCCUGAUGUUACUCCGAUCAAAGCUCAGGAGCCGGAAGUGAAGAAGACGUUCCGGAACCCAAUGGCGAGACGAAGCCUAGGAACCAAGGGUACUAAGGUUCCUAUUCUGACAAAUCACUUCAAAGUGUCUGUGAGCAACGUCGACGGACAGUUCUUCCACUACAGUGUUGCCAUAUUUUAUGAAGAUGGUCGUCCUGUUGAUGCCAAGGGCGUAGGCAGGAGAGUUCUCGACAGGGUUCAUGAGACAUAUGAUACUGAAUUAGGCGGUAAACAAUUCGCCUAUGAUGGAGAGAAGAGCCUGUUCACUGUUGGAGCCCUCCCGAGGAACAAACUUGAAUUUACUGUGGUUCUGGAGGAUGUCACCUCCAGUAGGAACAAUGGCAAUGCUAGCCCAGGAAGCCCUAAUGAAGGCGACAAGAAAAGGAUAAGGCGCCCCUAUCGCUCUAAGACAUUCAAAGUCGAAAUCAGUUAUGCUGCAAAGAUCCCAAUGCAGGCCAUAGCGAAUGCUCUUCGUGGCCAGGAAUCCGAGAACUCUCAAGAAGCAUUCCGAGUUCUUGACAUCAUCUUAAGGCAGCACGCAGCAAAACAGGGUUGCUUGCUGGUACGUCAAUCAUUUUUCCAUAAUGAUCCGAAGAACUUUGCUGAUGUUGGAGGUGGUGUUCUUGGAUGCCGCGGCUUCCAUUCUAGCUUCAGGACCACCCAAAGUGGCCUGUCUCUGAACAUCGAUGUCUCUACUACUAUGAUUAUACAACCUGGUCCUGUGGUUGAUUUUCUGAUUGCUAACCAAAAUGUGAGGGAUCCCUUUUCGAUUGACUGGGCGAAGGCCAAACGCACUCUGAAGAAUCUGAGGGUGACUACUAGCCCUACUAACCAGGAGUACAAAAUCACUGGAUUGAGCGAGAAGCCCUGCCGGGAGCAACUGUUCACCCUGAAGCAGAAAGGCGGGAGUGCAAAUGGCGAUGGCCAGACGACUGAAGUGACUGUUUAUGAUUACUUUGUCCAACACCGUAACAUUGAACUGCGAUACUCUGCUGAUCUACCCUGCAUCAAUGUUGGAAAACCAAAGCGUCCCACAUUCUUCCCAAUUGAGCUCUGCUCGCUGGUGUCAUUGCAACGAUAUACUAAAGCUCUGUCAACAUUCCAACGAUCCUCUCUGGUGGAGAAAUCUAGGCAGAAGCCACAGGAGAGGAUGAAUGUUCUCACCAAUGCUUUGAAAAUCAACAACUAUGAUGCUGAGCCUAUGCUCCGUGCCUGUGGGGUUUCUAUAGUACGCAACUUCACUCAGGUUGAAGGGCGUGUCCUCCCAACACCUAAGCUCAAAGUUGGUAAUGGAGAAGAUCUGUUUGCAAGGAAUGGAAGAUGGAACUUCAACAACAAGAAAUUUGUUAAUGCUUGUCGGAUAGAAAAAUGGGCUGUGGUUAACUUCUCGGCACGAUGUGAUGCUCAGAACCUUGUCCGAGAAUUGAAAAAAUGUGGUGGUGCUAAAGGAAUUUUCGUUGAAGAUCCAUUCGAUGUUUUUAUGGAAAAUGGGCAGUACCGGCGAGCUCCUCCACAGGUUAGGGUGGAGAAAAUGUUUGAAGAGGUGCAGAGCAAGCUCCCUGGCCCACCAAAGUUUCUGCUCUGUCUGCUUCCCGAGCGGAAGAACUGUGAUGUUUAUGCUCCAUGGAAACGGAAGAACUUGUCGGAUUUUGGUGUUGUCACUCAAUGUCUCUCACCUACUCGGGUUAAUGAUCAGUACUUGACAAAUCUUCUGCUGAAGAUAAAUGCGAAGCUUGGUGGGUUGAACUCUGUACUGGCUGGCGAGAUACAACCCUCACUUCCAAUGGUGUCCAAGGUCCCUACCCUUAUCCUUGGUAUGGAUGUAUCUCAUGGUUCUCCUGGACACUCGGACAUUCCAUCCAUUGCUGCGGUUGUUAGCUCUAGGCAGUGGCCAUCAAUUUCCCGUUACCGAGCUGCUGUUCGCACCCAGUCGCCUAAAGUUGAAAUGAUUGAUUCCCUGUACAAGCGAGUGUCUGAUACCGAGGAUGCUGGUAUUAUGAGGGAAUCACUUAUCGAUUUCUACACCAGUUCUGGAAAAAGGAAGCCUGACCAAAUCAUCAUAUUCAGAGAUGGUGUUAGUGAAUCCCAGUUCAAUCAGGUCCUCAACUUGGAACUGAAUCAAAUCAUACAGGCUUGCAAGUUUCUUGAUGAGAAGUGGAAUCCGAAAUUCGUGGUGAUUAUUGCCCAGAAAAAUCACCACACCAAGUUUUUCCAGCCUAAUUCUCCAGACAAUGUGCAGCCAGGAACUAUCAUUGACAACAAAGUUUGUCACCCCAGGAACAAUGAUUUCUACUUGUGUGCUCAUGCUGGGAUGAUUGGAACCAGUAGGCCAACUCAUUACCAUGUACUGCAUGAUGAGGUCGGCUUUACAGCCGAUGACCUUCAGGAGCUUGUGCACUCACUCUCUUAUGUUUAUCAGCGAAGCACGACUGCUAUAUCUGUUGUUGCCCCAAUUUGCUAUGCUCACUUGGCGGCCACGCAGUUGGGACAGUGGAUGAAAUACGAGGAUGCAUCAGAAACGUCGUCGAGCCACAACGAGGCGGGUUCAGGUGCCAAUGCCAAUGCCCCACCAGUGCCAGCCAUGCCUAAGCUCAAUGAGAGUGUAUGCAACUCCAUGUUUUUCUGCUGAUAGGGACAAGAGAGAGAGAGGGACCAAGCAAGCCACCCUUUUUUUUUUUAUUAUUAUUGUUAGUGGGGUAUUAUCUAUAUAUAUAUAUGUCUAGGUGGUGGUUACUCUUUUUAUCUAUUAUGCUAUGUUACGGUUAUGGUUAUGGUUGGGAAGAGACAUGGGGAGUGCCGCCAGUGGUGUUUUGUUCUGUGGUGGAUCUAUCUAUCUAUAUCUAUCUGUCUAUGUGUCUAGUGAGUAAUUAACUAUGCCUAUGCCUAUGCUAUGGUUGAAGGAUGUUGACUUUGGAGUUGGCCUGUGAAUCAUCUUUCUUUCGUCAUUGCUAAUGCUUCAUUUAUAUUUUGUCUA